AUGAUUGACACUAAAUAAUUAUGUUUUUCAAUCUUUUGUUUUGAGUCGACACGAAACUAAAUCUAAUUUAUUAAUUUAGUUUCGGGUCGACACGAAACUAAACUCAGUUUGUUAAUUUUGUUUCGUGUCGACUUGAAACAAAAGUCACUUUGUUAAUUUAGUUUCGUGUCAACUCAAACACUAAAACGAAACUAAACUUUCGAGACGGUCCCUGUGCAACUAUUGAAAGAAAGUAUAUUCACAAGAAAAUGAAAAAUGCAUUCUCAAAGUACAUUUUCAACAGCGCUUACUUUGAUUUUUCUAUCGAUGGCUGGCCAAAUUUCAAUUUAUGGAGAAAACAAUGUAGAAGAAACGGAAAUCAAAUCACUCACGUUUAAAAAUGAUAUCUGCUCCCUUUAUGAUAACUCUAAAGUAAUUGAUUCUAUGCUUUUUGAAAGAAAGUACAAGCCGUUGGUAGUGAUUAUAGCAGAUAAGAUUAGUGAUGGUAUAAACAGAGUUGUAAAUUUAAACGGAAGCAAAAGAAUAUUAAAUGAUUAUAGAAUCAAGAACUAUCCUUAUUACAGUCAAUUAUAUCAAACUAUAUUAGGAAAUAUUUAUUUACUACAAGCGAACGACACAUAUUAUUUUAUUUAUCCAGUAGACUUUCAAGACCAUUUAUUGACCAUAUAUUCACAAAAGAAGUUACUAAAGGACAAUUUAGGCAUAACCUUUGAUUUUGUUAAUGUAAAAAAAGAGUCUCCUUUCUAUGAAGAUAUUUUAAUUCCAUUGGAACCAAGCUGCACCAAUUGCCCUCUUGUAAAUUAUGUAAACGAAAAACUACAGAAGGGUGAAAGCUUCGCAGAAUUAUUCCAGUUACGUAAACAAUUAUUCAAAGAACAAAAAACAAAAAACUUAUCUUUUAAUGCAUUCGAUAAUGACAACAUUUGUGGUUCGAUAGGAUUCAACUUAAAUUCUCAAAGCGCGAAUUCUUAUAUGCAUUUUAACUCAUUACUCAAUCAAAUUCAAAACAAUAGUAAGAGUAUAGAAAAAAGUAAAAAAAGAAGUACUGCAGGAAGAAGCUUAAUGUGCUUUCUGUCUAGAAAUUUGGAAGUGACAGAAUAUCUGUUUUUGAGAUAUUUUAGCGAUGUUAAAGAUGUUAUGGUCAGCAUUGAUUAUUUGAAUUGGAUCAAUAACACUAUAUCUUUAUUGACAAGCAAUGAUAAUUCAUUUGGCGGUAUUUGUGAUAAUGAACACAAAAUAGGCAUAUUUAAAUUAUUUUGUUUUAUGAAAGGAAUAUCAGAUGUUACAUCUCACAAAAUAAUAUCAUGGAUAGCAGGUCUAAAACAUCUUGUUGCAAAAACAUUGAUAAGCCAACUGCCUUGGUUUAACAGCUUAAUAUAUUUGUAUAAAAAUGAAUAUUCUUUAAAAAACGAUUACAUUUUUUCCUCACUUGAUGAUCUUAAACGGAAAAUGCUACUUUUAAGAGACAAUUGCAGAAAUGUAAUGAAUAUUACCUAUAAUAUUGUUAAGGAUUCUCUGAGUGUAAAAACUAAUUACAAUCCUGACCUUAUGUACUUUUCAACCUGCAAAAUUUACAAACAUUGGAAAACAAUUGAUGAUCUACUUCUUGAGAUGGAAUUCAAUAGAUUAGUGAUAAUCAUAGCAGAUGAUAUGAGAACGGGGAUAAGUACUGUUGAGCAAAUAAGAGCUAGAAGAGUAGAGCCAAAAGUAAGGCGAGAAGAUCUUCAUUAUUCUGAACAGUUUUUGUACGAUUUCAUAAUGAAACAUAUUUAUUUGGUUAAAUCUAAUGAUACUUAUUAUUACGUCUACCCAACGACUACCAUCAGACAAGAAAACCCAUUGAUUGGCUAUUUCGAAUACAAAAUGAUUAAAGAUUAUUCAAAUGUUGUAUUUUAUUUUAUAAACUCUAGGAAUUAUUUUUCUCGUAAUGAAUCAAGUUGUAUUAAUUAUUAUGAUUCGGUUAUUCCUGCGCUACUCGAUUAUCGUGACAUUUCCUCAGGAAACAUACAGACGCGCUUUAUAAAUCCCUCACAUUUAAUUAAAGUUCAUCAAGAUUUUUUUAUCCGCUUUCCAGAAUAUUUUCCUAUAUAUGCGUCCGUUUACAAUGAUUUUACAGAAUUUGUGAAUAAUUACGAUCAACAUUAUAGAAGCCAUGGUAACAUUACAUACUUUCAGGAAUUUCAAGACUUUUUAAAACAACAAAAAAUUUCUUUUUACCUAAAUGAUUUAUUUACUGAUGUGCCGUGCUUAUCAUUUUGGGAAUUAAAUAACAGAAUCGAUAUUGAUUUCAGUAUGUCCAAAUAUGUCGAUGUUUUUAAAUUUUAUAAUUUGCUAUCUUCUGUUCAUAGAAAUUUAACCUCAAUAAAUAACGGAGACAAUACUAAUUUAUAUUUUCUUUGUAAUAAUAAGAAUGUUUUUAAAUUUCUUAAAUUCUUUUGUUUUUUAAAGAUAAAUUAUAUUGAAGACAUGCUAAAAGUUAUUAAUCAGAAUUCUUUAAAAGUUUACCAUAUGAAAAGUAUUGUUGUAAAAGAGAAAAAUGUUAGUAUCAAAUAUUUGUUAAAAUCGAUGGGUUGGAUAGAGAAAUUACUAUCAAUGGAUUAUAUUGAUUAUAAGUAUAAUGGAACUCGAAUGAUUAAAGAAUCAGACGCUCUUUACUCGGUAAUACCAAAAAUUACUGUAAAUGGUACUGAUUUGUAUAACAAAAUCUAUUACAUUUUUAAAAACAAUACAAUUUUUUUGCAAUGUCAGGAAUUAGGUUUUGCUGUUUCUGAAGAAAUCACCCCAAAUGUAGAUAAUGCGUCAACAGAAAACUAUUUAGUUUUAAGUGAAAAUAAAACUUCUCCUAAAUUUCAAGAAACAGAUCUUAUUAAAGAGCAAAGAAAAAAAUUGUGUCUUGUACCCAGUUAACAUGUAAGCUUGCAAGAAACCUGCAUUGUACAUUUUCUGUAAGUUGCAAAAUGUAAUGUAAUAAUAAUGAAUAAUAAAUAUAAUUUUAUAUCGUUA